AUGGCCAUGAUGCCCGCAGUUAAAUGCGAUCGGCAGGAUCCAUGCAUGAAUUGUGUAGACGCACACGUGGAAUGUGGUCGUGCUCGUCAAGCAAGGGUUCAUCGACCCAGAGUCUCUCGUCUGGAUGCCAUUUCAGAGAGGCUGGCAAAACUUGAAAGGACAAACGGAGACAGCUCGCUUUUCUCAUCACCUUCGUCGCUGGUUGGAGACACUGAUAAGAGUGAAUCUGUGCCUUCAUCUCCACAGAAUACUUUCGCAGAGAUCACUCGCUCUUCCUCUAAACGGAAGCAUGAAGCAGGGCGUUUGACUCACGAUAUUAGUCCUUCUCAGCCAGAACCGAAGCGAAAAAUCUCGCAGAGCAUUGGAUCAAAUGUCCACAGUGGCCGUCAUUCGCCAGGCGCAGCGCGGCAUGCCAGCGAAGCAAGAGAAUACAUCGAGCAUGAGCUUCAGUGUAACCCGGCGCUUUCAAAAGACAGGCGGACAGCACUUGAGAUGGCACAACGAUUUGUCAGUCAACUUUCGAAUCCAGGAAUCCAUCGAGAUGAGAGCGGUGCCGUUGAACCGUUAGACCCUGAAGUCGAGGAUAUAGUACCUCCAACACUCACGCCAGAGCUACUAUACAUGAUGCUUCCUGGUCCCGAUAAGAAGACUAGCUCACAGGGAACGAUUCUUUGGCCAGAUCACAUUUCCGACACAACUCUAGAGCGAAUGGGUCUUGCGAUUCUAGAGCGCAGUGAGAAUGAACAAACACUACAGUUCUACCGUAUAGUUGUUUGGGUCAAGGCUAUUACAUCUAUUUCCAAGCUGGCUCCCUUGGUAUCAAGUCAGCGAUUGAAGACACAUUUCCGGACUCUGAAGAAGCAGUACGAAACAGCUGCACUUGAGGAGCUCAAUUUGGUCCCAUUAACAGCUCCCCCGAGCCUGACGCUAAUACAGGCUCUAUUAUCUGGCAAACGACUAAUGCAGUAUAUGGGGAACAUGCCCCGUUGCUGGAUGCUCACUGCUUUUGCAUCUAGAAUCAUCGUCGCCUUGAACUACCAUAAUAUUACCAACGCGACGCCUCAGAGUGAAAAGGAGUAUGAGAUCCACGCGUGUGUCUACACAUGCUACUAUUUCGAUACGACACUCGGGCUGCUUCUUCUUCGACCGCCAUCUCUACCCGAGCUCAAGGUAGAACCAGCACGGUUAAUCCAUAUGGAUCCAGAAUUGCCAACAACAGCAAUGAUGAUAGGAAUUGUUGAGCUAGCGCACAUCAAGAGCACUUUGUUGCAAAUUCUUCUUGACACCAAAGAAAUGGAAGAUAUGGAGAAAGCAAGUCUCCUUUCUGAUCUAGUAAUGAGGGCUCAGAAAAUCUAUUCAAAUCUCCAAAUAUAUCGAAGUCGUCAAGAGCUAGAAUUCCCGGGGUCGUGGGCAAUAUUGCGUCGUGAAUGGCUAUCGGUGGACUUUAAUUACUAUUCCGCUCUAACAACGCUCAUCCGAGCACGUUCUUCCGUCCUGAAAUCUCGAAUGGUGUGCGAAGACUGUCUUUAUGCCGCUCGAAAAGCACUCACCACCCUCCGAGCUUUGCAGGAGGCAUUUUCUUCAGAUGCGACGUCAGUGGAUUCAUAUCCAUACUUCCUAACCUGGACGAUGCUCCUCUUCCCCCUUUCUCCGUUCUUCGUUCUGUUCUGCAAUGUCGUUGCAACAUCUGAUCACCGAGACUUCGAAAUGAUGAAAAAGAUCACUGGCGACCUGCGUCAAUUCGCGAAGGCGAACGCCUCCAUCGGCAAGCUCUAUGGUCUUUUUGCCAAGUUCUUGGAUCUAUGCGCACCGCUCAUAAAGAAGAAUCCAUGGUCGUCGUCUGAUGCCUCCAUCCCUGGCUUUCAUGAUAAUCUCAAUGGUGGGGAGACACCGUCUCAAAUGAUUACUUCGCAUGCGGAAGCAGCUGGUCAGAGUACUAAUACGCUUCAGCCACUUCCAAGUCCUGGUACCAACAGUACAGUUUCUGGUGUGCCCCAGUCCGUGCCCUCUGUCGAGGGAUGGGAUGAUAAUCUCAUGUGGGAGUUGUUUGAUAACCAGCCAUCUUUGGGCUGGGCAGAAUCAGAAUUAUGGGAUGCAAUGACACAACUGAAUGCUGCUCAAUGA